AUGGCACAAAAGGACUGUUGGCAAAGUCGCUAUUACGCGUUUUCCAAGGUGUUUAUGAUAUUGGCUGGAAUAUGGUCAUAUCAUACGAUCGGUAUUAAGUGUCUGAUCUUCGUGGCAACGCUAUAUCUAUUACAUGCAACCGACAUCAACAACAUAUUCGAAGGUGUGCCGUCGUUGAUGAUCAUUCUACUAACUAGUUAUCAAGUAGUAUUUAUGACGAUAUACAGUGAAAAAGUAAGAACCUGUUUUAAGACAAUGGAGGAGGACUGGCUUUUGCUGAACACGGAGACUGAAAAAACUAUUUUACAACGGCAUACUAAAUACGGACAAUAUCUGACGAAAGUUUAUGCGAAGAACGUAACAAUGCCACCGUUGUCGAAAUUGUCCUAUCAACUUGAGUACAACGCGAAAAUGGAGCAGCACUUUUAUUUCUUAAUGCUACACAGUUCUCUAGCUGUAUUGUCUCAUUCCUUGAUUGCUGUCGCUGUUGAUAGCUUCUAUUAUGCUUUGAUCCAACAUGCUUGCGGAAUGUUCGAAAUUAUUGGAUUUGUCGAACAGAUCGAGUUCUUAUUUGCAAAUAUGUUUCUGGUCUGUCUUUAUUCAAUGAUACUUUCUAGCACUGUAUCCGGUAUACAGGUGAUGGUGAAUUUAGACAAUGGAGACAUUGCAAAAGAAGAUGGUACUAUACUUCUCGAAGAUGUAGAAAGAUCUUUCUUCUAA